GCCUGAACAUGAGCCUGCAUUGCUGCAACUACAUUACUCACUAGUCCGUCAACCAUUUCCUCCAAAACCAGAGUUCCAGGAGGUUCCUGCAGCCAGUAUGUACUGUCGACCACCGGAAUCCCUCCAGGAGUGUAAACCAUGCAUGUGGUACCUUCUCUGCAAGACCCGCUUGUCCAACCUUGCCCAAAAUCUAGAGCAUAUAACAUCAAAAUCUUGUAGGAGUGCUCCUCUUGGUGAGGGUGGCAAAGCAGAGAAACGCUGGCAG